GGGCCCCGCGUCACAAUGUCGCCGCUCCCGGGAGCCCUCCCCCGCUCCCCCGCCCCCCCCCCCGCGCCCGGGGGCGGCCGCCUCGGAGGUCUGGGUCUCCCGCGCCGCCGCGUCCUUCCGGCCCGGGACGCGCGGGACGCGCCGGGGGACGCCGGGGGGCGGCGGGGGGCCGAGCGGCUCCGGGCGCGCUCCUGCUUCACCCGCGGGCUGCGGGGCCGGCCCCGGGGUGGGCUUCGCCCGAGCGCCGUGGAGUCUGGGGCGCCCCUGUCCCCUCCGCACCUCCUCCUGCCUCCGCCCCCUGAACGCACCUGUGCUCCCACGCCUCCCCUCCGUUCCCUUCUAAGCAUCAUCAGUUGGUUUGUCCGGACCUUCAAGUACGUAUUCGGCCUUCGCUUUGACAUAAAGGGCCGCCAGAAGCUGGAGGUGGACCACCCGUGUGUCAUCAUUUCUAACCACCAGAGCAUCCUGGACAUGAUGGGCCUUAUGGAGGCCCUACCCAAGCGCUGCGUGCAGAUUGCCAAGCGGGAGCUGCUCUUCAUGGGGCCUGUGGGCCUGAUCAUGUACCUCGGGGGUGUCUUCUUCAUCAACCGGCAGCGCUCCAGGACUGCCGUGACCGUGAUGGCCGACGUGGGCGAGCGCAUGGUCAGGGAGAAUCUCAAGGUGUGGGUCUACCCUGAGGGCACGAGGAACGACAACGGGGACCUGCUACCUUUCAAGAAGGGUGCCUUCUACCUGGCGAUCCAGGCCCAGGACCGUAGGGGCACCGAUGUGUAUCAUAAGGACGUGUACCAGCCCAGGAGGCUUCCUGGUGGAAAGGAAUGCUUGAGUGAAGAUAUGUGGGAUGCGUUUACGGAACUCUGGGCCACCCAGGGCGUGAAAGGUGUCCCCGGCCCAGGGGUGCCUAUCAUCCCCGUGGUUUACUCCAGCUUUUCCUCCUUCUACAACUACAAGACGAAGUUCUUCACCUCAGGAACGAUCAGGGUGGAGGUGCUGGAUGCCAUCCCCACCAGUGGCCUCACCGUCGCUGAUGUCCCCAAGCUUAUGGAUAGCUGCCACCAGGCCAUGAGGACCACCUUCCUCCGCAUCUCCAAGACACCCCAGGAGAAUGGGGCCACCGCAGGGCCUGGUUCCCAGCCCGCCCAGUAGCCGAAGCGGGGCAGGACCUGGGGGCAGGACGGGGCCGACCGGGAGCAGGGCCUGACUGGAGAAUGGACCGAGGGACCUCCUCCCCUGCCCCAGCUGCUAAACGUCACUGUGUCCUGCUCCUACGUGGUUCUCCCCGCUUUGGUUUCGCCCCGGAUGCAGGCCACUGCUUCCUGUCACGGGCCUCGGAUCCAGGCCUCCAAUGUCCCCCAGGAGAGUCAGCCGGACCCUCCUCACGGAGCCCACCCUUGGGCCUCCCGGAUCUGGGAGCAGGCCUGGGCCCAGACGGGCUGGCGGCCUCGGGAUGGAUGGCCGGCGCUGAGACACUUUACCCUCCUGCCUGGGCCCGCGGGGUGCAGAAGCGGGGUGCAGGGCGGGCCCUUCGGGAGAAACGGGACUCUAGGUGGGGGCCAGACACCCGGUCCUGUGCAACCGGGGCCUCGGAGAGCCAGAAAGCAGAGGUCCUUGCUCCACUGGCCUCGGGGAGCAGGGCGGCUGCCUGGGCACCGCAUUCCGUUGUUUUUUAUAAAGGAACUCUCGGGAGUG